UACGUGCACGCGCGUCAGGAUUAGGCUCCCCACAGCCGGUGAGCGCGAGGAGGACAGGACACCGGGAUAACGACUGCGAGGGGGGGGGAAAAUAAUAGAAAAUGUCCAGCGUCGAGCCCGUACCGAGAAACCGGGAGAUGACGGCUGCUCGGACCUCAACCGCUGAAUGUUGAGUUUGAAAGGUUUUUUUUGGAUGGUUUUGUCGGUGAGCUCCGAGGAGAAACCCAGCGCGAGGGACAGGUGAGGGACAGGUGUUCCGGGACCGCAGCGCAACCGGGGUGCUAGGGGUGUUUUCUUUUUCUUUUCUUCUUUUUUUUAAAAACUUUUUAAAAAGAAUUCCUUGCACGGGGGCCGGACUUUGGUGAGCCAUGUUGUGCACGCGGUGGCUCGUGCUGCUGCUCUGCUGGGGGUCCGCGAGCGGCGAGCAGCAGCUGCUGCAGCACGCGGAGGAGAAGAGGGACGGGACGGCGGCGGAGGCCCGCGUGGACCCCCGCAGGCAGCGGUCCCCUCCGCCGGUGGAGCCGCUGGAUUUUGGGUUCGUCCCGGCCGCGGUUUAUGAUACCCACGCUUACUACGAGCCAGGGGCCGUGGGCAUCCUCUUCCACAUGGUCCACGCGUACCUCUACGUCAUUCAACCGAACUCCUUCCCCAAAGAUUUGAUUGUCAAAGUCAUUCAACAAAACAUGGGAGGAAUAAAACUAGAAGAAUGGAGAAAGCCGGAAAAUGUGGUCCUGUUGCUACAGUGGAUCCACUACGAAGCCGGAUUCCUCAUAUGCGCCACCAUCGGGGUCACCUUCUUGAUCCUCACCCCCAUCGUGGGCUUUUGUUUCUGUGUGUGUCGAUGCUGCGAGAACUGCGGCGGCGAGAUGCACCAGAGACAGCGGAAGAACGUGGACUGCCAGAGAGGUUUCUACACCGCCUCGCUCAUCGCCACCUCCAUCUUCAUCGUUCUGGGAGUACUCAUCGCCUACGCUGCGAACCACAACGUCAGCACGCAGAUAAAGAGCACUCGGCGGCUCAUCAACACCAACAUCAGAGACCUGAAGACGUUCGCUAACAACACGCCCGCGCAAAUUGACUACCUGACGGCCCAGUACACCACAGCGAAGAACAAAGUCCUAUCGGACCUCGACAACAUUGGACCUUUGCUGGGAGGGAGGAUCAAUAGUCAGCUGGAGAAAGAGGUGGUUCCUUCACUGGACAGUGCGCUGCGCAUGGCCGGAGCCAUGCGGGAGACCAAAGAGGCCCUGGAGAACGUGGGCUCCUCGUUGGAGGUUCUCCAGGAGGGGACGGAGAAACUUCAGGCCAGCCUGUCGGGGGAGCGCUCCUCUCUCUCCAACACCUUAUCGGACCCCGCCUGCACCAACGGAGCCGUGUCUCACACCUGCAACGCCAUCCGCUCCACGCUGUCGCAGCUGGGAAUCAGCGCCGACUUCUCCACGCUGCCAGAUGUCGCUCGUGCCUUGGAAAAUAUCAACACCGUCCUGAAGACGGACCUCAGCAACAUUGUACAAAAGGGUUACUCCUCCUUUAACGAUACACCAAAUAUGGUAAAAGAACAGACUAAAAACAUUGUCUCAGCUCUACCUCGAGUAAAAGGUAUGCUCGAUAAGAUUGGCAUAGAGAUCACCGGCUUCUCAAAGAUGUUCCCGGUGGAAUCUUCUCUGGUCAAUUUCACCAUUUUCCUCAGCGAUGGACAGAAAAACAUUGAGUCCUAUUACCCGCAGGUCGACCAGAUGGAUUUCUACAGGUGGAUCGGCUGUGUGGCCGUGCUGUGCAUGGUCGUCUUGGUCCUGGCCUUCAACUUCCUGGGGCUGCUGUGCGGCACAUGUGGCUACGACAAGCAAGCCACGCCGACAACCCGAGGAUGCCUCUCCAACACCGGCGGCAACCUGCUCAUGGCUGGGGUGGGCUUCUCUUUCAUCUUCGUCUGGGUGCUGAUGGGCAUCGUGACCGCCUUGUUUGUUGUUGGAGGCAACGUGGAGAAGAUGAUGUGCGAACCGCUCGCUAACCGACAGCUCUUCAAGAUCAUAGACACACCAUUCCUGGUUCAUCCUGCCAAGAAGAACUUCCUCCCAGGGAUGCUGUUCCAGAAUCCAAACAUUGACUUGACUUUGGGAAGCAUGUACAGGGACUGCUAUGAGAACAACGGGCUGUACCAUUCUCUGCAACUGGAGACGAUGUUCAACAUCAACUCCUUCCUCAACAGAACUGUGUACAACAGGGAUCUGGCCAAAGUGUUUGAGAGUGUUCAAGUCGACCUGCAGGACAUCACGCUGCUCGAUCAGGCCGGCAGAGACAGCCUCAUCAACUUCGCCAACUCAGGAGUUGGACAUAUUGACUAUGAGGCCUACCUGGCUGAGGUCAAUAAGGGGGUCACUUUCGUGGAUCUCCUCUCCUUCUCAAGCGACCUGGAGGCUCAGGCCGACCAAAUGCCUCGUGGUGCUCUGGAGAAUGCACUGAAGGGGCACGCCAGCAGCAUCCGACAGAUUCACAGAGAACAGGUGGUUCCCAUGGAGCAAGCCAUGAGCACAUUGAGCCAGAGUAUCAAGCAGCUGCAGAAGAUGUCCAGCGACCUGCCGGUCAAGGUCACAAAUAUCCUGAGUGCCAUCGAUGCAGCAGAGUACCUCAUCACUCACAACGCCUCCUAUGUGGUGAAAGAGGAAACAAAAGGCUACACACAGAGCCUGGUGGGAUACUUCACACAGUAUACGGAAUGGGUAAAGAACUCGCUGACUUCAGAGGUGGCCCAGUGUAAACCCAUCAGUAACAUCGUGGACAGCAUGGAGAUAGUAGGGUGCAGCUUCAUAGUCGAUUCAGUGAACACGUUCUGGUUUGGACUGGGAGGCUGCUGCAUCCUUCUGAUUCCCAGCAUAAUCUUCUCCGUCAAACUGGCCAAGUACUACAGAAGGAUGGACACGGAGGACGUCUUUGAGGACUCUCCCUAUUGUGACACUCUGACCCGGUUCCCCCGGGCCUCUGCUCCACCGAGCUGCUCCGACUGGUGGCCCGAAGGAACUCGUCGAUGAGUGGACAAGAGACCUGGAACUGAUACUUCCCCUCGUGGGUCACUGAACUUCACAGCUUUCCCAUUCAGAUCUUGUAACUCGUUGAAGGGCCGAAGGGGGAAGAACGACAACAAUCGGGGACUGUGUGGUGAGGGAGUCCCGCUCCCCACUGCCCCUCCGAGCCAUUUGGCGAGGACCUUAAAUGCCAGCCAGCUAUAAUACAAAGAAUUUACUCACACGCGUCAGAACGCGCACCAGCAGUCCUCCUGGUGUGUGUGAUGCUGUGCUCCAGCCACUAUCAGAGCAAUUUUCCCUGAAUAGCUUUUACCUGUAGAGAAUACAUUUGUUUGUACUUAAGUUAUCAGUUUCUAACAUGGUGACACAAGUGUACAUUUUUUUUUUUACGCUUUCAACCUUUUUGAAAGUUUUAUAUAUUUUUGUUAAUGUUUGUUUUAUAACACAUGAGUAGGUUUUUGUCGAAGUAGUUUCUUUCUUUUCUUUGUCAAAAUUUGUAAUGUAGCUCACAUCAUUUUGGCUCCACAAGUUUGAUAGACAAGGAAAUAAGGGAAUGGUGCGACAUUUUGGGAAAAGCACUUAUUUGCUGAUAACAUAGCUCUAUUGUAUUUUUGUUGAAUUCCAAACGGUUUGCUAUGUUUAUUAUGAAGAAGAAAAAAAUGUAGCAAAUCUAAUGCAAUGCAGCAGUUGUCCUUGGUCCAAAAUGCUAAGGACAACAUUAUCUAAUUUAUUCCCAAGACAUCUUUUUUUGGGGGGGUUUCCCUACCAUAGUUAUGAAUAAAUUACAAUUUUCAUGCGAUAACGUCACAUGACAAAGUCAGGUGAUCACCAAAGUCGAUACACUUCAACCCGAGGCCACCGUAAAUCUGCAGUACAUCUGUCCAAUAGUAGUUUGGACAUCGACAAAACCUCAAGGAAUCCCCCAAAAUCCUUUCCUCCCAGAACGUCAUAGAAAUGAACAUUGCCAUCCAUACCUUCGAGCCACUGGCAGGGCUGAAAACAACAAUUUACAAGGUUGUUAUACACUCGUUUUUUUUAAUCUGGAUUUCUUAGAAUUGUUUUUAACAGUCGUCUUGUUUUUUUUCUAACAAAUAAGUAAACAAGAUAAACGUUUGCUGGUGGUUUGUGUUUUUCUGGUUCACUUUGACCAGGAACAGGCCAACUCUUUUCCUGUUUGCGGGCUUUGUGCUAAGCUAAUUGUUAGCAUACAGACGGAGUCUUUUUAGCAAACUUUCAUCAAGAAAUUCAACAUUUCCCAGAAUGUCAAAUUUUUCCCUUUAAACCACGAAGGAUGAUGACGAUCUAGUCAAAACACACGCUACAUGGCCAUACAAAUAUCCAAACCAUAUAUUGGGUCUUGGGCAUUUCUCAGACCAGACCAUUAGUGACCACUAGUUUUUUGAGUUGUCAGGUUUUUUUUUUUUUUU